UAUUAACGCAUUGUGUUGUAUCCUUUUUUAAAACUGUGCAAUAUUUUGGUAAACAUAUGAUUGCGCAUAUGCUUGCCGCAAAACGCAACAUCUGACUGACACAUCUACAUUUGCAAACAAAGGUAAAGGUACAGGCACCACACGAGCGAAUGGUCAACCAUGUCUGACUCUGAAGUUAGCAACAUUUCGGAUAGUGGCUCUGAAGAUGGAUCUAUAUCCAAUAAGUCACAGCGGAGCACUCGGUCCAAGUCUGGAUUUCGGUCGAGAUCUCGCUCCAGAUCUAUGACCAGGUCUAGGUCUUCCCGAUCGCGAACCCGGUCCCAGUCGGCCCAUUCUGGAUCUGGAUCCGAUUCACCGCAGGCACGUGGACGUAGCAGACGCAAAAGCGAAGAAUCUGAAGAUGAGGAAGAACCGCCAGGCGAGGAUAUCGACUCUGAAGAGUACGAAGAGGAAGAGAAUGAAGAUGACCAUCCAAGAAAGAAGAAAAAGAAGGAACGUUUUGGUGGUUUUAUUAUAGACGAAGCCGAAGUGGAUGACGAGGUCGAUGAAGAUGAUGAAUGGGAAGAGGGAGCCAAUGAAAUUGGUAUUGUUGGAAAUGAGAUCGACGAAUUGGGCCCCACAGCUAGGGAUAUAGAAAUAAGACGACGUGGUACCAACCUCUGGGACACCCAAAAAGAAGAUGAAAUAGAGGAGUAUCUGCGUAAAAAAUAUGCUGACGAAACCAUAGCAAAGCGCCACUUUGGCGACGGUGGAGAAGAGAUGUCGGAUGAGAUCACACAACAAACUCUUUUGCCGGGAAUCAAGGAUCCAAAUUUAUGGAUGAUUAAAUGCCGCAUUGGAGAGGAAAAAGCCACUGCUUUGUUGUUAAUGAGAAAAUUCUUGACUUAUCUAAAUACCGAUGAUCCAUUGCAAAUUAAAUCGAUUGUUGCGCCCGAAGGAGUUAAAGGCUACAUCUAUUUGGAGUCGUACAAACAGACCCACGUCAAGACGGCCAUUGACAAUGUUGGUAAUCUGCGUAUGGGCAAAUGGAAACAGGAAAUGGUGCCAAUUAAGGAAAUGACGGAUGUCCUAAAGGUUGUCAAGGAACAAGUUGGCCUUAAGCAAAAGCAAUGGGUCCGUCUAAAGCGUGGUCUCUACAAAGACGAUAUUGCUCAGGUGGACUACGUUGAUUUGGCACAAAAUCAAGUGCAUCUAAAACUAUUGCCACGCAUAGAUUAUACGCGUAUGCGUGGAGCAUUAAGGACUACUGCUACGGAAUCUGAUGAUGCGAAGCGCAAGAAAAAACGACGUCCAGCCGCAAAACCUUUUGAUCCAGAAGCAGUCAGAGCCAUUGGCGGUGAAGUUCAUUCGGAUGGUGACUUCUUGUUGUUUGAGGGAAAUCGUUAUUCCCGUAAGGGAUUCCUUUACAAGAAUUUUACCAUGUCGGCCAUUUUAUCGGAUGGUGUUAAGCCUACAUUGGCUGAACUGGAGAGAUUUGAAGAAUCGCCAGAGGAGGUUAAUCUGGAGAUAAUGGGCACCAUGAAAGAUGAUCCAACUUCUGUUCAUUCAUUCUCCAUGGGUGACAAUGUUGAAGUCUGUGUGGGUGAUUUGGAGAACUUGCAAGCAAAGAUUGUUGCCAUCGAUGGGACUAUGAUUACGGUUAUGCCUAAGCAUCAAGAUCUGAAAGAUCCUUUAAUUUUUAAAGCCAGCGAAUUGAGAAAAUAUUUCAAAACUGGUGAUCAUGCCAGAGUUUUGGCUGGACGCUAUGAAGGCGAAACUGGUCUUAUCAUACGCGUGGAACCAUCACGUGUGGUCCUUGUCUCUGACUUGACAAACCACGAACUCGAAGUUUUACCUCGAGACUUGCAGCUCUGUUCGGAUGUGGCCACAGGUGUGGACUGUCUUGGUCAGUUCCAAUGGGGCGAUUUGGUACAACUUGAUUCCCAAAAUGUGGGCGUCAUAGUGCGUUUGGAGAGAGAGAACUUCCAUGUCUUGGGCAUGAAUGGCAAAUGUAUUGAAUGUAAGCCAACUGCUUUGCAUAAGAGGCGAGAGAAUCGUAAUACUGUGGCAUUGGAUGCCGAUCAGAAUCAGAUACGUCGACGGGAUAUUGUCAAAGUUAUGGAGGGACCGCAUGCAGGACGUUCUGGAGAAAUCAAACAUCUGUAUCGCAGUUUGGCAUUUUUGCAUUGCCGGAUGUACACAGAGAACGGUGGCAUUUUCGUGUGCAAGACACGUCAUCUUCAGCUUGCCGGCGGCAGCAAGACUAAUGUGAACAAUGCUGGUAAUUUGGGUGGCUUGGGUUUCAUGUCGCCACGCAUACAAUCGCCCAUGCAUCCAUCUGGUGGACGGGGUGGACGUGGUGGUGCACGUGGCGGAAGGGGAGGCUUCCGUGUGACUCGAGAUCGUGAGAUUUUAGGAAAAACUAUAAAGAUCAGUGGCGGACCAUAUAAAGGUGCGGUGGGUAUUGUCAAGGACGCUACGGAGAGCACAGCUCGCGUUGAAUUGCAUACAUCGUGUCAGACGAUUUCUGUGGACCGCAACCACAUUGCCAUUGUGGGUGUGCCUGGCAAGGAGGGCAGUGUAUCCACAUAUGGACGUACUCCAGCACGUACUCCGGGCUAUGGAGCACAAACUCCAAGCUACACCGCUGGUGGCUCCAAAACUCCAUUGGUUGGCAGUCAGACACCAAAUUGGGAUUCGGAUACUCGGACUCCUUAUGGUACAAUGACUCCGUCGCACGAUGGCAGCAUGACGCCACGUCAUGGUGCUUGGGAUCCAACGGCAAAUACAACGCCAGCUCGAAAUGCCGAUUUCGAUUAUUCAUUGGAAGAGCCCAGUCCAAGUCCUGGUUACAAUCCAAGCACUCCUGGCUAUCAGAUGACAUCUCAGUUCGCUCCGCAAACGCCUGGCACCCUAUAUGGGUCAGAUAGAAGCUAUAGUCCCUUCAAUCCAAGUCCCAGUCCAGCUCCUUCUCCGUUCCCAGUAGGAUAUAUGAAUACGCCAUCGCCAUCAACCUAUUCGCCGAAUACACCAGGAGGCAUACCACAAUCGCCAUACAAUCCCCAGACACCUGGAGCCAGUUUGGACUCCUCCAUGGGCGAUUGGUGUACCACUGAUAUUGAAGUUCGGAUUCAUACACACGACGAUACCGAUCUUGUCGGACAGACUGGCGUUAUCCGCACAGUCUCAAAUGGCGUGUGCUCUGUAUUUCUACGACAGGAAGAUCGCAGUGUGUCCAUUGUUAGUGAACAUUUGGCACCAGUGCCACCUAAUAGCGGAGACGAAUUCAAGGUCAUCUACGGCGAAGAUAGAGAGUCUGUUGGCAAAGUUCUAUCCAAGCAGGAAGGGGACGUCCUUGUCUGCAAGGUUAAUGAUGAAGUGAAGAUGAUUCCAAUUAAUCAUUUGUGCAAGAUGAAAUCAAUUGAUUAAUUUCACAAUUCAAAAUAAUGUUUAUCUACUUGUUUUCAAAAAUUACAACAGGAAAUAUUAAUUUACAAUUAAAUAACUAUCAAUUUUGCCCGUUUAUCGCUUGAAUGUUGCAUCAGAAAAAAAAUAAAUAAAUUACAAAUUACACAUAGAUAAAGAAA